AUGAGCUACAAGACUGGAAAGCUGUACCCAUGCAAUCCUGCCACUGCGCGCGGCGAAAGCACCAAGCUUAGCGCAGACCCCAAGGGCGAGAAGAUUGUGUACACGAAUGGUCGCGCCGUGAUCAUCCGCGAUCUUAACAACCCUUCGAGCGCGCACGCAUAUACCCAGCAUACUCAGACGGCGACUGUCGCCCGUUUCUCCCCUUCAGGAUUCUACAUCGCCUCGGGUGAUGUGGCCGGCAACGUGCGCGUGUGGGACACGACCAACCCGGCCGAGAACAUCCUCAAGAUCGCUGCCCGUCCCAUCGCUGGCCGCAUCAAUGAUCUGGCAUGGGACUCGGAGAGCAAGCGCCUCAUCGUUGGUGGCGAGGGCAAGGACAAGUUCGGUGCCGCCUUCUUCGUCGACUCGGGUAGCUCUUGCGGUGAGAUCACUGGGCACUCGAAGCCCAUCACCUCCCUUAGCAUUCGUCAGCAGCGACCGUUCCGCGCAGUCAGCGGCUCGGACGACAACUCGAUCGUGUUCCACACCGCUGUGCCGUUCAAAUACGACCGGAUCAUUCAGACGCACACCAGAUUUGUGCGCGACGUGGGCUUUUCCCCCAACGGUGACGUGUUCGCGUCCGUUGGCUCGGACGGCAAGCUCUUCCUUUACGAUGGCAAGACUGGCGAGACCAAAACCGAAGCGGAUGCUCCCGAUGCCUCGCGCAGUCUGAUGGCUCUGUCGUGGGCUCCUGACUCGUCGCACCUGGUUACUGCUGGCGCGGACGGAGUUGUGGCAAUUUGGGACGCGUCUGCAGCACAGGUCAAGCAGACAUGGUCUGUCGGAUCGGCCGUCGAGGCUCAGCAGAAUGGUGUCGUGUGGGCUAACCCCAACACCAUUGCCAGUGUGUCGCUGAGCGGCACGCUGAACGUGUUUGACGUGCGUGAAGGCAAGACGUGGCGCAAGCUCUACGGGCCAACCAAGGCCAUCACGUCGAGCGCACUGGCGCCCAGCGGCAACUCGCAGACGUUCUACACUGGCUCGUUCGACGGGACGGUCAAAAGCUUUGCGCUGGGCGCCUCGCUUGGCGAGCGUGAGGGCGAGUGCUCCGACGUGGAGGGUGCGGGCCACACUGCUCUUGUCGCGGCGAUGGCGUCCGAUGGCGCUGGUAAAGUCUGGACAGCUGGGUGGGACGACAAGGUUUCAACCAUCUCAGGCCAGCAGUUCGCCUCUAGCUCCGUGCCGACCAAGGCGCAGCCGGCCGGCGUUGCGGCGACGCCCCAGGCCGUGUAUAUCGCUUCGCCAGCUGGCCUCGAGAUCUCGACUGGCGGCUCUGCUUCCGUCGUUGGCGCCGCGUGCACCGCUGUCGCGGCCCAUGGCGACCUUGUUGCCACAGGCUCGGGGAAGAAAGUGACGAUCUCGCGCGCCUCCGGCUCGUCGCUUAGCGAGGUUGCGUCCUUCGAGGACAACAAGGGUGACGUGCUCUCGCUCGCAUUCUCGCCUGACGGCGGGCUCCUCGCCGCCGGCGAUGCCGCCGGACGCAUUGUCCUCAUCGACGCGAAGGCCAAUAAAGUCCUCGUCACCAGCCGGUGGACAUUUCACACUGGCCGCGUUGCAAGCCUCGCAUUCUCGCCCUCGGGCAAGCGCCUCGCAUCUGGCGGUGCCGACGAGAGCAUCUACGUCUGGAACCCCGAAAAGGUGCUGCGCAACGUAGCUAUCAAGAACGCCCACCCAGGGGGUGUCAGCGGCGUGGCCUGGGAGGACGAGACGCGUGUCGUCAGCGCCGGCGCUGACGGGUGCGUGCGCAACUGGGAGGUGCCCGCCUAGAGGUGAAGUGUAGAUUGAAGGCGUAGAUGGGGGUAACAUAUGCAUGUCUUGCAGUCUAAUGCAAUCUACUAGUGUCAUACUCUACAACAAGCCCUGGCGCUUGAGAUCCUCGUACGUCUUCUUGUCGUAGACGUUGCCCUCGUCGUCUUCAAACUCCUCCGCCUUGUCCAUGGCACUGAGCUCGGCGCGGCCCUCGGCCUUGAGCUUCUCCGCGAGGGCAAGGGCGUCGGCGAUCUUAGUGAUCUCGUGGAAGU